GCUGGAAGAGAGCAGGCGAGUCCCGAGAGGAAAACCUCCCAUCAGCAGCUCCUGGGAGUUGAUAGGCCUCCCCAGCAGUCUGGUCCUGGUCCUGGUGCUGGUGCUGGUGCUGGUGCUGGUCCUGGUCGUGGUCCUGGUGCUGGUCCUGGUGCUGGUCCUGGUGCUGGUCCUGUCCUGGUCCAGAUGGAAAGGAGCCCCCGGAGCAGGCCUGGAGCUGCCUCCAGCUGUGGAGUCUCAUGAUGCGGACCUGGACUCUGCUGCUCCUCCUGGCUCUGGACGCUUCCUGCUCCCAUGAGCCUCUGGUGGAGGUCACACGAGGUAAAGGUCAAGCGGGUCAGGCAGCCUACCUUCAGGAAGGAGACCUGCGCUUCAAUAUUCCCAACGCGAAGGACGCCUGCAAGGUGGAGGUGGAGCUGAACGAGCCCAUAACCCAGCGGGUGGGGAGGCUGACGCCUCAGGUCUUCGAUUGCCACUAUCGCCCCCAUGAGGUGAAGUACGUCCACAACGGCUGUCCACUGCUAAAGGAGGACGUGGUUAAGCUGCGGAUGUACAGGUACAGCGUCCUGGAUGCUGGCGACUACAUGGAGGUCUUCCUGCUCCAUGUGGACAUCGUGGAACCGGAAUGCGGCAUCAUCAGGCUCGGCCUGCACUCCCUGGAGGUUCCUGUUUACGGCCUGUCGCAGCCGCUGGACGGGAACGUGGUCUCCUUCCAGUACGAGAAGAGGUCCAGCCUGGACUGCCAGGUCCACCUGAGCAGGCAGACGGGCCUCCCGGCCCACGGGCGCCUGGUCACCGAGCCGGAGCGAGCCACCACCAGGGGCGACGUGCCGGAGAGCUUCGUCCACCUCCACCCGACGGACGAAAACAAAGCCAGAGCGCAGUGUGCGUCUGACGACUGCAUGAAGGGUCUGAAGCUCGCCAGGUUCUCCAAGAGUUCCUGCGAUGACUUCCUGCUGAUGGUGAGGUACCACACCGAGCCUCCGUCUCCAGACACCGACUACAUCGCCAUCCGGCUGGAGCUGAAGGACAGCAGGAGUGGAAGUGUGUACGAGUCUGAACAGGCCUGGAUACCGGUGAGGAUCUCCGGCGCGGCGUCCAACCAGUCGCCCAAGCCGUCCUUCAUGUCCGCGUUCAUCCUGGAAGUGGACCAGUUCAUCCUCACGCCGCUCUCCACUGCCACGCUGGACGCCGACGACGAGGAGAGUCCACAGCUUCUGGUGUUCAACGUCACCAAGGCCCCUGAGCAGGGCUUCAUUACCCACCUGUCCGACCACACCCGCCUCUCCUCCUUCACCUGGCUCGAUCUCAACGACAUGCUGAUUGGCUAUCAGCCUCCCAACUCUUCAGACAGCAAGCGCCGGAAUUACGAGGUAGCGCCUUCGAGCAAGUUUGAGGCUCAUGAUUUCUUCUUCAAGAUUCCACUGACCGUUCACUUUCUGUGAGGAACGCAGACCCAACGCACCAGGGUUUCCUGGAACAUCGGUCUCAGUCUCUUAGAGGGUCAGUCUCGUCCAAUCACCUGGGAGCAGCUCCAGAUCGUGGAUAAUGACAACCUGAAGGCCGUUCGCAUCAUUGCCGUCGACGGUCUGCAGCAUGGGCAGCUAACUGUCAGAGGUAGAAAGAACCUGGUGUUCACGGUCAGCGAGCUCCGAGCGGGCGUGGUCCGUUAUCACCACGACGACAGCGACACCACCAAGGACUUCAUCACCUUCCGGAUCACCGACGGCCCCCAUCAGACCCGACACAAGUUCCCCAUCAAGAUCCUCCCGAAGGACGACACGGCGCCGUUCCUCAUCACCAACAUGCUGGUGGAGGUGCCGGAGGGCCGCCAGGCCUCGCUGACCGGCUCCAGCCUCCAGGCCUCCGACAUGGACUCCAGUGACGACUACAUCCUGUUCAACAUCACCGCUCCUCCUCGAGCAGGACAGGUGAUGAAGGCGCCGGACCGGGGCCUGGCAGAUUAUCCCGUCAGCCACUUCCUGCAGAAGGACUUGACUCAGUCUGUGAUUUAUCGACACCAGAGUCACAAAGUUUAUGACGACUUCUUCGAGGUGGUGCUCGAUUACCACGACCCCCCCAACCUGUCCGAGCCUCAGGUGGUGAUGGUGCACAUCGAGCCGGUUCCGGACCGGCCGCCCGAAGAGGUUCCUGGAUCCAGCCGCUUCGUCGUCAAGGAAACCGACGUGGUUCACAUAACACGGAAACAGCUGCACUUCACGGACCAGGAGUCGUCGGACGGCGAGCUGACGUUUACUGUCACCACUCCGCCUUUCUACACCAGUCCUCACAGACUUUCAGAUGCGGGGAGGCUGUUCCUGGUGGAGAGCAUCCCCAAAUUCACCAAAGACAGCAACACCCCACUGAGGGUCUUCACGCAGCAAGCAGUGAACUUCAUGAAAGUAGCCUACAUGCCCCUGGUGGACAUUGGCCCGUAUCCUAAAGAGGUCCAGUUUGUUCUGUCUCUCACCAACCAUCUGGGUAAAACGGUCCUCGGGAUCUGCUUCAACGUCACUGUGAUGCCAGUGGACAACCAGCCUCCACAGGUCAUGACCGGUCCUCUGACUGUAGACGAGGGGGGGCAGGGCUGGCUCGGGUCCCAAAACCUGAUGCUGUCCGAUGUGGACUCUCUGGAGGAAGCCCUGCAGGUGGAGCUUCGGCGGGCGCCGCUGCACGGAGACCUGCAGCUGAACGGCGUCCCUCUCAAGGCGGGGCGGACUUUCACCCUGCAGGACGUGAAGAACUCCAACCUCAGGUACCGUCACGACAACUCAGAAACCACAGAGGACAACAUGGAGUUCACUGCAACGGAUGGCACCAAUACAGUCCCUUUCGUCAUCUCUGUCAAGAUCAUGCCGAUGAAACGAGGUCCCGGUGAUGGCGGCAGGCCUGACGCAGUUCUCCGGUGCGCAGAGGGACAGGAAGCGUCCAUCACGGCAGAGUAUAUCCACGCCUCCGACGCCGACAGCGACGAGACCCUGGUGUUCCUGAUCGCCCGGCAGCCGGCGCAUGGCGCGGUGCUGAGGAACGGCGUGGUCGUCGAUAGCUUCACUCAGGCAGUCGCUGCCAAGAGCAUCACCUACAAACACACAGGACUGGAGAUCGGGCUGAGUCCUCGCCACGACACCAUCACCUUUGUAGUUUCCGACGGAGAACUUCCCGUCCGGACCGGACAUUCGGCUCCGACUCGGGACAGCCUCCCUGUGUACGACCUGCAGGUGGAAGUGCUUCCUGUGGACAGUCACCCGCCGUCACUCGCCACAGGAGAGCUGUUUGUGGUGGACGAAGGGGGCACCGCCCUGAUAACCGAGACCCACCUGAAGGUCUCCGAUGUGGACACGCUCGUGGACGGGCUGACGGUCACCCUGGUUUCCCCGCCUCAGUUCGGUUACAUCGAGAACACCCUUCCCAGUCCUGGAUUUGAGAAAAGCAACUCGGGCAUCAGCAUCGCUUCCUUCCCGUACAAAGAUGUUCUGGAGGGUCACAUUAACUACGUCCAGUCGAGACACCAGAGGGUGGAGCCCACCGCCGACCAGUUCAUGCUGUAUGUGUCGGACGGUCAACACAGCUCCGCCCACGUUCCCUUCUACGUCAUCAUCAACCCCACCAACGACGAGGCGCCGCAGUUUGUGGCUCGCAACAUCACAGUCCAAGAGGGGGACAUGAAACUGUUGGACUCGUCGGUGUUGAACGUGACGGAUCUGGACCUGCCCAGAGACGUCCUCCGCUUCAGCCUGGUCAGCCCUCCUCGACACGGAAGCAUCGUGAACCGCGGCGGUGGAGGAACCGUCGCCGAGACGCAGGAAGCCAGGACGCGUCCGCCCGUGUCCCACUUCACCUGGACUGAGCUGACAAGCGGUAUGGAUCUGAUGUACGAACACGACGACUCUGAGAACAUGGAGGACAGUUUCACCGUCCAGCUGACGGACGGCAGACACCGGCUCCACAGGAAGGUGGCGGUCACAGUGCUGCCGGUGAACGACGAGCAGCCUCGGAUCGUCAGGAACAACGGCCUGGUGGUGGAGCCAGGAGCAACCAGGGUCAUCUCCAGCGUUAACCUGUUCGCCCAGGACAAUGACAGCCCUUCUUCAGAGGUCAUGUACGUUGAGAGAGUCUCAACCCAGGGACUUCUUCAGCUUAAGGAGAGCUGGGGUUGGGAGACACUGGCGGACGGGGGGAACUGCACCCAGGACAUGGUGGACAUGAACCUUCUGCGAUACGUCCACACCAACCUCCACGCUGCCAAGAAGGAGGACUACUUCGUCUUUCACCUACUGGACGGAACAAAUCGGUCCCCCUCUCAGCACUUCCACAUUUUAGUCAAAGACCUGGAGAAAGGAAACAUUGCCCUCUUGAUAAAACCUCUGAACAUGAGCCGGGGAGACCGAGUCGUCCUCACCACAGACGUUCCUUGGCUACCGACGGGCAGCGAUAAAGCCGAGGAGCUGCUGUACAUCAUCACCAGCCCGCCGGUCCACGGCUACAUCGAGUACAUCAAACACCCCGGACUGUCCAUCUCCUCCUUCAGCCAGAUGGACGUCGCAGCAAACGUCAUCGCUUACGUUCACGACAACCAGGCCAGCGCGGCCAGGGAGAGCUUCCAGUUUGUGGUCAGUAACGGGAAAACCAGCCAAGGAACCUUCAGCAUCAUGGUGGAAAUGGUGGACCGCGUUCUGCCCUCUCUAUCCACCAACAAAGGCCUCACCAUCCCCCAAGGCUCGGCUAUGAUUCUGGGCGAUGACUGCCUCCACCUGUCUGACACCGACACCCCGCGCGACCUCACCUUCGUCGUCCUGCAGCCGCCGCAGUACGGCGAGCUCUUCCUAGCCGGCGAGACGCUGGGCGCCGGCUCGAACUUCACCCAGGAGGACAUCAUGGACCUGGAGAUCAUGUACAAACACGAUGGGGGGCCGUCUCAAAUAGACCUUGGCUUCAUGGCCUCGGACAGCACCAGGCGAGGCUUCCUCGUGGACGGCCGGCUACAGACCGAGCUCUUCUUCACCAUUCAGAUCAGUCCUGUGGACACGUUCCCUGAGAUCGUGAAGCUGGUCCCCAUGUGGAAAGUGGAGCAGUUCGCGGACGGACGAUACGGAAUCUUCCUCUCAUCUCGAGAGCUGAAGGCCGAGGACCGCGGCAGCCAGGAGGACGUGGUCUUCUGCAUCGUCCGUCCACCUUAUUUUGGCUACCUGGAAAAUGUCACCUCCGGUAGCUUCGUCUCUCGGCGCUUCUCCCAGACGGAGCUGAGUAAGAAAUCUAUUGCGUAUAUCAUCAACGUGAAGGAGGAGUCUCUGACAGACAGCCUGGAGUUCCGGGUGUCGGAUCCUCUGGGGAACAUGGGGCCUGCUCACAUACAAGAGUUCCGCUGGUCCAGCGUGGAGCUCUCCCAGCCUCGGGUCUUCACCUGUGAAGAGGAGGAAACCGUCUCACUCAACAUCAUUCGGAGAGGGAACCUGGCAGAGUCGUCGUACAUCACAGUCAAGAUCAAGGAAGUGACUGCAACGGCCGGGAAGGAUUUCCUCAUGAACCCUUCUUCCCUCAUUCAGUUUGACCCGGGUGAGUCCAGGCAGACCUGGCAGGCCGAGCUGGUCUCAGACGGUCUGGAGGAAGCUGAGGAGACGUUUGAAGUGCUGCUGGUGGAUCCUGAAGGGACGGUGAUCGGAAACACCGACAAGGCUGUCGUCUCCAUCAGAGACUCUGGGCGAUGCAGACUGACGGAUGGGAGCGGUCCGGUUCUGGGAGGGAAGGAGAUCCGGUCAGACCUGUACCCCCAGCAUGGGUCCAUCCAGCUGGACAGACCUCCGCAGGCCUCAGACUCGGAGAUCUGGACUCGGGGAGACGGCGUCCCCGUCCCUGGGAAACGGGUCAAUCUCCACAGAAAGGCACUCCGAAUUCCACCGUCAACAGUUUAUCACAACGGAACAGACCUGGUUUACAGAUAUCACGGCAUCAUGCAAAUGAAGGCAGAAGACGAGAGCGCUGCAGCGCCGGAGGGCAGGAAGGCCAACAUCCACGUCCGAAUCAGAGGACAGCAGCAGCUGUCCGCCGGUCUUCAGAGAGGGCUGCCAAUACCGCAGACGGUGGGAGAGCUUGAGGACCAGAUCCCGGGGGCGGACUCGAUCCAGAAGCCAUGUGUUCCAGAGCUCAGGGGACUCCUGCAUUACAGCCACAACACUAAUCAGCUGUUUCACUGCAACGGAGUGUCCUGGAAACUCUGGACCGCGACGCCAGAGACGGCGGCGGCCCGGGCGUGUCCUCAGGGGUGGAGCUUCCACGGCGGCCGCUGCUUCGUCCUCAGCGCCGAGCACAGGGUGACGUGGAGCGCCGCCAACCGGGCCUGCAUCGAGAGGUAUCAGGGCGGUCUGGCCAGCGUCCUCUCCAAAGCCGACAUGGACUGGCUGUGGGACUUCAGCGGGAGGAAGCCCUUCUGGAUCGGCCUGAGCGACAGGGAGGGCCGGGGAUGCUGGGAGUGGGCCGGAGGCGAGGCGCUCGGCUACACCAACUGGAGGAGCCCGGCGGCCCCGCCCGGGACGGGGGGCGCCGGCAACAAGUGCGUGCUGGUCUGGAGGAGGGCCAAGUGGCUCGUCAAGGACUGCAAGAGCAGCAGGGCUCACCACUUCAUCUGCUCUCGGACUGCUUGACUGGACCCGGAACCUGGUUCUGCCCAGACUGUCUUUCAUCUGUAGAAACCAGGCCUCACGGCACCGAUCCAGAGGCUCUCUGGGUCCUGUGUGACAGUCGCAGUGAUGCUUUGUGUUGUGUGAUCAGUAAAAGUUGUGUAUUGAGUGUGUGUUGGUGUUCUUAAAGAACUCGGCGCUGUCUCUGCUGCAUGUCUCCUGCACACCACACGCUCCGGCAGCAAUGUGAUUAUCCCCGUCAUGUGAUCUGCAGCGCCGUGAAAGAGGCUUUUAUCGGCGCUGCGGCUCCGGGUGGGAAACACACCGCGGAUCCUCCUCGUCCCGGGUGAGUCCUGCUGCAGAACCACACACACCAGACAUCUAGGACGGAGAACCGGAGGGACGCUCACGCUGACCGGAUAGCUGGAGCUCACACAGCGAGGAGACAGCCGGAUCGGCGUCGGCGUGUUCUCAUGUUCUCGUGUUCUCACGGGAGCGCGGUUCCUGCAGCGUUCAGGGAGCCGGGUCCGUCUGCAGGAGCUCGGCUCAGCUGUUCCCUCUGCUGGACUCACCUCCGGCCAGGACCGCUGUCUCUUAGUGGUUCAUCGUUUUCCUCUCAGCCUCAGCAGAAGCUCUCAGCUGUUGCUUUCUUCUAGAUCUUUGUUUCACCACAGAGAACCGUCAUUCAACCGGAGUUUAAGGUCAGAGCUCGGAGCUGAAACUCCAGAAUCAGAUUAUUAACAUGUUGAGGCACUGAGUUAUCAUGAUUUUUAAACUUCACAACAUUAGAUGUCCUGUGAUGGACUGUCUCCUGUCCAGGUGUUCCUGUGUCCACUUGUCUUUACUUAUCUUCACCUAUCCAGAUGUUCCUGUCAUCACCUGUCUCCACCUGUCUCCACUUGUCCAGAUGUUCCUGUCCUCACUUGUCUCCACCUGUCCUCACCUGUCCAGGUGUUCUUGUCUUCACCUGUUCUCACCUGUCUCCACCUGUCUUCAUCUGUCCUCACUUGUUCUUACCUGUCUCCAUCUGUCCUCACCUGUCUUCUGCUGUCCUCACCUGUCUCCACCUGUCCUCACCUGUCUCCACCUGUCCUCACCUGUCCAGGUGUUGCUGUCCUGGGAUUGGCUCCGGUGCCAUGUGACCCUGUACAAUGUAAAACGGUGCAGAAGUUUGAUGAAUGGAUGAAUGUGACGUUACAGGACCGUCAGAGGAGGCUUCACUGAGUAAAACAUCCUGAGUUAGGAACA